UGGGCCUUUUUAUGAUACGAAAGAAAUUACCAACGUUACGAAGGCAGAUGCUUGGAUGAGUGGGUUUCCGACAAGGAUCGCAAUUUGGCUACUAAUAGAGGAUUAUGAUACAACUGGAAAUGAUGAAAUGGCGCUGAUCCAUGAAAUACUUCACUUCGAGUCUAGGAGGACCCGACUGCGUCUGAACCACCCCGUGUUCGUGGAGAUUGUUGUGAAUAUAGAAUGCACGAAGCAUUACUACGGACCUCAAUGCAAUGUUUAUUGCCAACCGAAAGACGGACACUGGUCGUGUAAUCCACAGACCGGUGACCGAAUUUGUGCCAAGUCUUGUUACAAUGGCGUGUGCAAAAUAAGAUACUCUGUUGCUGUGUGCUCCUGCCUUGAUGGCUGGCAUGGAGAGUUUUGCGAAAGGUAUUUACAUUUUGGAUACCAGUUAAGCCCCUCAUUUUACAUGAUGACGACUGACCGAAAAGUGGACUCCUCUACCGCGGGCAGUGAUGAAUACGGGAAAUCCUCCGAGGAAAUCAACAGUAAACGCUUUGAGAACAUUUCUGCUUUAGCAUCUGCUGAGAAACUCUAUGUUGUAAUCAACAAGCCACUCGCUAUUGAAGGCAAACCUAAAGUGUCAGCGUGCUCCGUUUUGUUUAUCAUAUCGUCUCUCGCAGUUAUCUUAAGCAUGAUAUCGAUCGUAGCCUUAUGGCAGUACCGUCGGUCUUCAAAGAAAAAGUUAACACAACGUUUGAGCGCCUUUGAAGAACAAUCACUUCCUCUGGAGUAA